CCUCUCCACAGUGAAUCUGCGAUGCAGCAAAGCCAAGCUGCAGAAUCUCUUGUCUGUUCUUUUUCAUCGCGCCAAUGUUUUCUUUCGGUACUCCAUCAACCACAGAAGAACAACGUCGUCAAGCUGGCUCUUUAACAAGACAGGAGGCGGGCACCCGCGCCCAGACAUCUCCUACCUACCUAGUUACCUAGGUACUCUUCAAUUCAUUCGUUUGAUCGUCGCCUUGCACUCCAAGUUUGGCUCUCUUUCUCACCACUCCCUCACCUCGUUUCCCCUAAUAAUUGUCCGAUGGGUGAAGGCUCGGGCAGCGAUGGCUUCUUCAACAGGCUCCAGCUUCAAGACCGCUGGGCGGGCAUCUACCGUACCAUAAAACCAUACCUCCCGCCCAUCAAUUUCAUCACGGUCCACCAUGCGUACUUUAUUUUCGUCGGGUUGAUAAUCUCGGCCAUCUUCUUUGCAUUAGCCGACAGGGAAGAGUUCAAAACGCUCAGCUUUGUCGACUCAUGGUUUCUUAUCAUGUCUGCUUUCACGGGCAGCGGCCUCAACACUGUCAAUCUGAGUGAACUGGUCGUUGCCCAGCAGGCCAUCUUGUUCGUCAUGAUGGUCAUUGGAAGUCCCGUUCUGGUGUCUCUUUUUACCAUUUGGUUCCGCUUCCGUAUCUUCGAGAAGCGAUUCGACCGCAUCGUUGAGGCCGAAAGGGAACGUCGCCGACGCAAGCGCGCAACUGGUGCGAUGCUUGGCAUGGCUGGAGCGAUGGCCGGCCUGCCAGUAAUGUCAACCUUUGGCGCCGGUCCCCGUACUAAACCUCAAUCUCCCGAGGAACGAGCCAAGAACGAUGCCUUUGAGCUUUCGAAGCCCAAGUCGCCGAGGCCAGGUGAUGUAGAGCGUCUCCAAGCCGAGUCGCCCAAAUUAUCACCAACGACGAACCCGAACACGAUGGCGAUGCACCCGCAGGUGGCAGCAAUGCAUACCAACUUCCAAGAGAAUGAUGCAGCUUCCUUGCCGCCUAGUCCCCGGCCUGCGCCUCCGAGCGGCCAAAGUUAUCGCCACCGACAGCCCUUGUCGCCACUUGGACGCCCUGCUACUGCUACUGCUAAGAAUGGAACCACGGAAGCCGGGGGAGAGACUGGUUUUGACUUCAGGACCUUUGUGCACAAGCACAAACAUUCCAUCGGGCGCAACGGCCAGUUCUUCGACCUCGACGACGACCAGCGCGAGUAUCUUGGAGGAGUUGAAUACCGUGCCCUCAAGCUAUUGUUUGUGAUAGUUGCCAUCUACUUUGUUGUGCUACAGAUCCUGGGAGCCAUUACGCUUGGCGCCUGGCUGGCCGUCCACGGCAGGGCGGCUACAGCGGUCAAUGCUCAGGAUCCGUGGUGGUCGGGCAUAUUCCUGGCUAUCUCCUCCUUCAACAACUGCGGCUUGACGCUGCUCGAUGCUGGCCUAACCGCCUUUGUUGACGAUGCAUUCGUGCUCACUGUCGUUACUUUACUAUCCUUUGCCGGCAACGCCGCAUUUCCUGCCUUUAUCCGGGGCACCAUCUUUUUGGCACGUCUCUUUUUCAAGCACAUCAUUGCUCGUCACGGCCCCGCAUCUGACGAGUACGGCGAGUGGGAAGAGGCUUUCGAUUUCAUUCUCAAAUAUCCUCGACGCCUUUUCAUGCUCAUGUUUCCUUCAAAAGCCAAUCUCGCCUUUGUGUCUUUCUUUUCGACAGUUGUUGUUGUCAACUGGAUUGGACUCCUCGUCCUAGGCUUAGGAAACUCGGUGCUAGAGGCUUUCCCUCUGGCCAAGCGCGUCGGCGUCGCGCUCUUCCAGGCUACAACGACGCCCUCCGGUGGUUUCGCAGUCUUUUCGAUAUCUGGCCUGUGGUUCGACGCCCAGGUUCUUUUGCUUAUCGUCAUGUACCUCGCCGCGUAUCCCGAGAUUAUCGUGAUGCGUAAUUCUAAUGUUUACGAAGAGAGGUCACUCGGUCUGUAUUCUACUGCAGAGGCCGCCAAGCAGGACGAGGAGGAAGAUGCGGCCGACGAGGCUGCUGCUGCGGGGAUGACUUUCAUCGUCCCACAGCUCUCGACAAACUCUAUGUCCCACGCAAGCGGGAUUUCGGCCAAGCAUGGUAUAGCCACGACGACCGUCAAAACGCUGGCGCAGGUCGGGCGGCGCGGCACCGCAUUUGUGGGCAAGCAGCUGCAGCAGCGCAUGAGUGACUUUCAGGGCGUGGGCAUCGACAAUGCCGCGGCCCGCCGCCGCUCGCAGGCCGCCGCGUCCCUCCCUGUCAUUGUCGGUAUCAAGCGGUCCAAAACCAUCGAUUUUGAACCGCCACCUGCAGCUGCGGCGGCAUCCGAUGGUAGCGUCAGCCUUGUUUCGCAGCACCUCCGUGGACAACUGGCACACGACGUAUGGUCCAUCGCGCUCGCGCUAUUUCUGAUAACUAUAAUCGAAACUUCGCACUCAAUAUUUGACCCGCGCACGUUUAGCGUCUUCAACUUUCUCUUCGAGAUUGUUUCGGGCUAUACAAACAUUGGCAUCUCCGUUGGCCUUCCUGACCAAUCCUACAGCUUCUCCGGUGGCUGGUAUACGGGCAGCAAGGUAGUCAUGGUGUUCAUGAUGAUCAGAGGCCGGCACAGAGGGCUACCUGUUGCACUGGACCAUUCGGUCAAGCUGCCCGGUUGGGACGACGUUGCCAGGGAGGAACAGGAUGCAGAAAUCCGUCGGAGUCUCAGCGUGGCUCGUGCCAGUAUGGAGAAUAAUGGGCAACAAGUUCUUUACUAGACUAGCUGCAAAAUUUACUACUAUUUGUUUUGA